AUUCAUACUCUCUCUUCGUUUUUCUUCUUCUCUUUACAAUUUCCGGUGCCGUUUUUUUUCUCCGUCGAUUCCGCAAUUUCUUCUUCUCUGUAUUUUCUUUCGAUUCGAAUAUUAUUCAUAUUUGUUACUGUAUAUGUGAACCGUGAACUGUGAAACGACGCUGUUUUGUUUUGUUUUGUUUCACCGAUUGAUUUGACGGUGUGCGAUUCUCGAUGAGAUUGUGGUGAUUCCGGCGAUGAUUGAGCUAAUUCGACGUUUAGUGUUUGAUUCAGGUUUCAGUUUUGUGGAUUGCUUUGUUCAGUUUAUAAGAAAUGUUUGAUUGGAACGACGAAGAGCUUGCUAAUAUAAUAUGGGAUGAGGGAGGGGAGAGCGAUGACCAUAUUGUUCCUUUUCCGGAGAGAAGUGAAGAUCUUAGAAACAAGAAAGAAGUGAAUCAGGAACCAGCUGCGUGUAAGCUUACCAAGCGGAAGCAACCUGAAACGAAAACUGAUUUUCACAGUAAACCAGGAAGCAGUUCAAACCUUGAUAAUAGUGGAAGACUACUUGCCACAGGAUAUGGAGAAAGCUCAUGGUCGGACUUGUCUUUAUCCAGUGCAGCUAAAAUUGACCAGGGUUCUCUGGGAAAUGACCCAUCUAAAACUCAAGAAGAGACCACACAUCAUGAAAAUGAUGCUGAAUUUUUUCAAAAUGCUGACGAAGGGAAAGAACAAGGUGAUUUUGUUGAUUACGACUGGGCUAACAUAGGAAGUUUUGAUGACCUUGAUCGAAUUUUCAGCAAUGAUGACCCUAUAUUUGGCCAUGCAAGUCUUGAUAAUUCUGAUGAGCUUUGGUCUGCUAAAGAUGUGAGUAACGAUCAAGCACCAGCAUCAUUGGACGCACCAAAUCCCACCGAUGCUUUAAGGAAUAGAUCAGAGCAUUUUGAAAUCAAAGAAGAAUACAUUCAUUCUAGUGACCAAUCAUUUUCUCUUAGUUACGAUAAGAUUUCUGGUCCUGCUGCAUAUCAAAGCAUACAAAAUUCGCACACAACUGAUAAUGUGGAAUGUGCUGGAGAUAGAAGUAAGCUUACUGGAAAGGGGCAGCAGAGUUUUAGGCAAACGAAUCAGUUGGAAAUCCAGAAAAAAGCACAGAUAAAACAAGAAGGGAAAGAUUUACAGGAUUAUUAUGGUAAUUGGUCUUCUUCAGCAACAUCGGCAAGACAAUAUGAGAAUCAAUUGACACCUUCUGUUUUACAAUCCUUCCCCUCUUCAAUUCUUGGGCAACGGAAGCAACUCCAAGGACCUGAAACACUAUAUCAGAACAUCAUAAAUCCAUAUGCAGCUCCUUCUGUGUAUGGUAACCUUACUAAUGCAUAUCCUGCUAUGCCAAUGAUGUCACAGAUUCAGUCGGGAAAUCUUAGGCAUCAGUCUAUGCUCUCUGGGUAUGAAACAUCUCCUGGUUCGGUGAAACCUUUGAAAAGUUAUGCCGGCUCAGUCAAUCCUCAAACUAUGACUCCUCAGGAGAAAAUUGAAAAAUUGAGGCGGCGGCAGCAAAUGCAAGCAAUGCUUGCUAUUCAGAAACAGCAGCAAGUACUGGGCCACCAAGUUCCUAGCACUAGUAAAUCUGUCGCUCAAAAAGGCCCCCCAGAAAUUCAAAGUCAUCUAAGCGAUGGGACUGAUCCUAAAGUUGAAGAUUUAAGAACUCUUCCUCCAAUUGAACAAGGUGAUUCUAAUACAAUAUCUCUGGCAAUUGAUGAUGAUUUUGUUGAAGAAACCAUACUGUACAGGAUUCAGGACGUUAUAUCAAAGUUAGAUGUCAAAACAAGAGUCUGCAUCAGAGAUAGUUUGUUUCGGCUGUCACAAAGUGCAAAGAAAAGGCAUUAUGCUAGUGACACAAGCAGUACAAACAACAAUAACAAAGAGGAGUGUGAUUUUUUUGCAAAAGAAGAAAGCAGUAGCCAGAACAGAUAUGCCAGGAUGCCUGAUGUUGAAACAGAGACAAAUUCCAUUGAUCGAACUGUGGCUCGUUUACUCUUUCAUAGGCCUGUGGAGUUAACAGGAAAUUAUUCUGACAAACUGGAGUCGCCCAUUUCAACUAAGGUGCAAUGUGAAAGCAAAGCAGCUGACCAAGUAGACUUCUCCAUGAGAUGCUUACAAGAGGAGAACUUGAGAUGUAAUCAACAUUUUUCUCCCCUUGGGUUAGAGAAUCCCCGUCCAUCUUUUGUGGUCCAGCCUUUGAAUCAAGUUAAAAAUAGUCUCAGCAUAACUUCAGAGGAUCCAUCUAACCCUCAGGAGUUUGAAGCCUCUCAAUGAAGAAAGAGGUUAUGCAGAACGAGAAGGGUGACUGUCAUAUAUGGGGAGUUUACUCAGUUUAUCACCUCAUUUCACAUUGAUUACUUGCCAUGCUUUUUGAAGGUAAAAAAGAUUAUUGCUGGCUUUCUAAUAAUGUAGUGCAAAAAUAUGCCUACAUUAAGUUGUUUUCCUCCUUGCUCAGAGUCUAUGAGCUUAAUAGGCCCAUGGCUAAUCCAUAUAUAGUUUGGAUGAAGUUGGUGCUGCAUUUUCUGUUUGACUUCGAAGAUUCUAUCAAUAGUUGAUGGAUGAUGACAAUGAAAGCCAUGAGGAGAAUGGUCAAGGGAUUGAACUUAACUUAUAUUAGGAAAUCGAAAAAUGUAACUAAUUGUAAACAAAUAUGAUGGACGGGCGUGUAUCUAGAGAGUCGAGGAUCCGUAUACAUCAGAUUUUAAAGUUGGUAUACUUACACUAAGUUAUAGGAUCCGUUUACAUUAGGUUUUAAAGUUGGUAUACUUAUGCUUUUAAGUUAUAGUUGGUAUACUUAUGCUAUUAAGUUAUAGGAUCCGUUUACAUCAGGUUUUAAA